AUGUUAAACUGCAUGAGACUAUGAUUGACCUUCAUGUUUUUUUUUUCUUGAAGUUUCUGCUGCAUUGGGGGGGUUGUCAAUUAUUGAACAUGUUUUAUGAUCUGGGGCAUGUGUUUGUUGUUCUUUGAAUUUUUUUUCUGCAAUCGUCAAGUGUGCACUUUUUUCCUCCCCUUUCAAUUCUUGGCAUCGAUCUCUUGAAAUUUUGGUUGUGGCGAUGAUACCCUUUUGUUGAAUUUUGCUUUCUUUUUGACAAUUAGAGAGUCCACAUGCAAAUUGAAUUUAUGGGGUGAACCGUUUCAUGCGUAGCUUAAAGAUUUUUUUUUCUUCUUUUCUUUCAACACUUUAGUUAUAUUAUAUGACUCAUGUAUGCGUGUAACCAAGUGGUUGAUGACAGGUGGUUAAUGUGUUGAAGUUAAGGUUGAAUUAUUUGAGUAAUUACUCGAGUUUAAUCCUUGAUGGAAAUAUUUCUUUCCUUACCUUCCAGUCGAACUCCGGAUUAGUCAAAAUUUCUUUUUCCUGAUAAAUCGGAGGGUUAAGACCAAAAACAACUCAUGUAGGCAUAGCUUUUGGAGUUUGGAGUCUCUUGAACCAUGGCUAAGAAUAGAGGAGAGUUGAGGAUUCAUGAGAGUGUGGAUGAGCUAAGGACUGAUUUGGCAGACUAUGUUGCUGAGUUAUCAGAGGCAUCUGUGAAAGAGCGAGGAGUCUUUGCCAUUGCUUUAUCUGGUGGUUCUCUCAUUGGCUUAAUGGGAAAACUCUGUGAAGCUCCUUAUAACAAGACAGUGGACUGGUCCAAGUGGUAUAUCUUCUGGGCUGACGAGCACGUUGUGGCGAAAAACCAUGCCGAUAGCAAUUAUAAGCUUGCUAAAGAUGGCCUUUUGUCCAAGGUGCCUAUUGUCCCUAGUCAUGUGCAUUCGAUUAACGAUUCCGUGUCAGCAGAAGAAGCUGCCGAUGAUUACGAGUUUGUCAUUCGACAGCUGGUGAAAACCCGUGUUGUCAGCGUGUCUGAGAUUAGUGAUUGUCCCAAGUUUGACCUCAUUCUGCUUGGAUUGGGUCCAGACGGCCACAUUGCCUCUUUGUUUCCUAACCACUCAGCACUCAAUGAAAGGGAAGAAUGGGUAACUUUCAUUACUGACUUCCCCAAACCCCCACCUGAGAGAAUCACAUUCACCUUGCCUGUCAUCAAUUCUGCAUCCAAUGUUGCAGUAGUUGUCACCGGUGAAAGCAAAGCGGAAUCCGUACACUUGGCAAUAGGCGAUGUUGGACCUGAUGGCCCCUUAAUACCGGCGAGAAUGGUCCAACCAGCUAUGGGGAAGUUGGUGUGGUUUUUGGAUAAACUGGCUGCCUCAAAACUUGAAGAUUCCAAUUUAAACAAGUAGGACUUGUUGUAAGUUUGUAUGUAGUGUUAAGGGAUUUCACAAGUGUUGACCAUCCUUAGAAUCCUGCCUAUUUCUUUUCUCUUGGAUAGAAAGUCUUUGUUUCUUUUUUUUUUUUUCCAUUUCUUGCUUUCUCCUAGGAGGUUGUUUGGAGAAAUUGUGGUAUAGUUUUUGUAACCGGCCAAUAAAAGUUGUGGAGAGCAUCAUUCCAAGUUCCAACACCCUUGUCUCCUUCUAAUUCUUAAUUGGGUUAUUGGCUAUGAUGAUGGUCUCACCUGUUUGCAAUUUAGAAAGUGAAAUCAGGUUCAUGUAAUUCCAAGAGUUCACUUUCCCACACCCUCCCGUUUUCUUUUUUUAUCUAUUUUGUUUCAAUUUCAAUAUAUCUAUUCUCUACUUGAUGAUGGAAAA